UUCCUCUCUCUGGACAGGGCUAGUUACUGUGUUGAUUAGUUUCCUCUCUGGACAGGGCUAGUUACUGUUGUUGAUUAUGUUCAUCUCUCUGGACAGGGCUAGUUACUGUGUUGGUUAUUUUCCUCUCUCUGGACAGGGCUAGUUACUGUGUUGAUUAUGUUCAUCUCUCUGGACAGGGCUAGUUACUGUGUUGAUUAGUUUCCUCUCUGGACAGGGCUAGUUACUGUUGUUGAUUAUGUUCCUCUCUCUGGACAGGGCUAGUUACUGUGUUGAUUAUGUUCCAUCUCUCUGGACAGGGCUAGUUACUGUGUUGAUUAGUUUCCUCUCUCUGGACAGGGCUAGUUACUGUGUUGGUUAUGUUCCUCUCUCUGGACAGGGCUAGUUACUGUGUUGAUUAUGUUCCUCUCUCUGGGGAGGGCUAGUUACUGUGUUGAUUAUGUUCCAUCUCUCUGGACAGGGCUAGUUACUGUGUUGAUUAUUUUCCUCUCUCUGGACAGGGCUAGUCACUGUGUUGAUUAUGUUCCUCUCUCUGGGGAGGGCUAGUUACUGUGUUGAUUAUGUUCCAUCUCUCUGGACAGGGCUAGUUACUGUGUUGAUUAGUUUCCUCUCUCUGGACAGGGCUAGUUACUGUGUUGAUUAUGUUCCUCUCUCUGGACAGGGCUAGUUACUGUGUUGAUUAUGUUCCUCUCUCUGGACAGGGCUAGUUACUGUGUUGAUUAUUUUCCUCUCUCUGGACAGGGCUAGUUACUGUGUUGGUUAUGUUCCUCUCUCUGGACAGGGCUAGUUACUGUGUUGAUUAUGUUCCAUCUCUCUGGACAGGGCUAGUUACUGUGUUGAUUAUGUUGAUCUCUCUGGACAGGGCUAGUUACUGUGUUGAUUAUGUUCCUCUCUCUGGACAGGGCUAGUUACUGUGUUGAUACAGUGGGCAUAUUCUGGUACAGUUGGCUGGUUGGGUUUAGCAAUGGCAGGAUGGCAGGUCUGGGACCUCAGUGCUGCUGGACCUUCUUGACCCAUAAUGCUAAUUAGGAUUCAUGGCAGUAUUCUUCUCCAGUCCACGUGACUUGAAUUAACUUGGAUUAUGUAUUGUAUAAUCAUGACCUUGGUUCCAUGAACAGUAUACACAUUGAGACGAAAUGUUUACAAACUGGGAAGGAACAUACAUGCCGUCUAACAAUUUAUUUAUGAUGAGGAUGACACAUGCCUUUUUCCGCCCGAGGUCACCAGGAUAUAGUUACAUCACUUCCAAUGAGGACGUCGUCCUUCUAAGUGCCAUACACAGAGUUGUUUUUGUCCCUGAUUAGUAUUUGAGUAACCAGAUUUUAAUUGCCUGCAUUUUGACAGACAGAUAACGACAGCCCGUCAUAUCCCUUUGGAAUGUAGCCCCUGUCGUAUUCUCUGUUCCAGGCCUGGUACUCCAGACAGCUGGUCGUCUAUCUAGUACAUCAGUCUGCCAUGUCAUAGUCCAUCUAUUUCUCCUGUUGCUCCAAGCCAGUAGUUACUGGAUGUGUUCUGUACCAUUAGACUGGCUACAUGUUAGUUACUGGAUGUGUUCUGUACCAUUCAACUGGCUACAUGUUAGUUACUGGAUGUGUUCUGUACCAUUCAACUGGCUACAUGUUAGUUACUGGAUGUGUUCUGUACCAUUAGACUGGCUACAUGUUAGUUACUGGAUGUGUUCUGUACCAUUUAACUGGCUACAUGUUAGUUACUGGAUGUGUUCUGUACCAUUAGACUGGCUACAUGUUAGUUACUGGAUGUGUUCUGUACCAUUAGACUGGCUACAUGUUAGUUACUGGAUGUGUUCUGUACCAUUCAACUGGCUACAUGUUAGUUACUGGAUGUGUUCUGUACCAUUCAACUGGCUACAUGUUAGUUACUGGAUGUGUUCUGUACCAUUAGACUGGCUACCUGUUAGUUACUGGAUGUGUUCUGUACCGUUCAACUGGCUACAUGUUAGUUACUGGAUGUGUUCUGUACCAUUAGACUGGCUACUUGUUAGUUACUGGAUGUGUUCUGUACCAUUAGACUGGAUACAUGUUAGUUACUGGAUGUGUUCUGUACCAUUAGACUGGCUACAUGUUAGUUACUGGAUGUGUUCUGUACCAUGUAUUCUGGUUCAUCUGUUGACAUAAAGUGGUGAACGUACUCUACUAUUGAACGUUGUGCAUCCCCAGGUUUGUCAGUAUAAGAGGACCGUUUGAGGGCUUGAGAAGCAGAGUUAUGAAUACAGGAAGUCAGAUACGCCUGCUGCUGUGGAAGAACUGGACUCUACGCAAGAGACAGAAGAUCCGCUUCCUGGUGGAGAUUCUGUGGCCGGUGGUUCUGUUCAUUGGUCUGGUGUGGUUGAGGAAAGCCAACCCUCUUUACAAACAACAUGAAUGUCACUUCCCCAACAAGGCCAUGCCUUCCACAGGUAUCAUCCCCUGGAUCCAGGGUAUCUUCUGUAACGCCAACAACCCCUGUUUCAAACACCCUACAAGGGCAGAGGGCCCUGGGGUGGUCUCCAACUACAACAACUGCAUACUUGCGCGGUUCUGGGCUGACUCCAAUGAGCUGUUGUUCGACGACCCAGAGUUCCAGCAGUUGGGUCGGCUGUGGGAGGACAUGGCCGUCAUGAACAACUUCAUGGACACCAUCUGUAACACACCAGAACAGAUAGCAGGUCGAGGUCUGAAGAUAGAGGACAUCCUGAAGGAUGAUGAGAUAUUGACGGCCUUCCUGCUGAGAGACGUUGGCCUGUCAGAGUCUGUGGUUCAUCAGCUGGUCAACGCUCAAGUCCGUCCAGAACAGUUUGCCCACGGUGUUCCAGACCUCCACUUGAAGGACAUCGCCUGCAGCCAGGCUCUUCUGGAGAGGUUCAUUAUCUUUCCCAGCCGGAGAGGCAUGUACGGAGUGCGUAACGCUAUGUGUGCCCUGACACAGCAGCGCCUGCAGAAGAUAGAGGACGUGCUUUAUGCUAACGUUGACUUCUUCAAGAUCUUCAGACUGCUGCCCCGGGUGUUGGACAACCACACGGACGGACCAGACCUACGCUACUGGGGGCGUGUCCUAACCGCUGUAUCAGAGAAGGUCCAAGUGCUCUUUGAGAGGAACAGCACCAAGGACCUUCUGAAGGUGGUCUACCCGUUGUUCCGGGCUGGUGGUCCCAGCUCCUUCAGCCAGCUGAUGAGCAUUGUGUCGGCCCUGUUCUGUGGGUACCCAGACGGAGAGGGAUCCAGGGUCCUCUCCUUUAACUGGUACGAAGACAACAACUACAAGGUGUUCCUGGGGGUGAAUGGAUCCAAGAACCGCGACUAUGUCUACGACAUGACAACCACUCCGUUCUGUAACAACCUGAUGCAGACUCUGGAGUCUAACCCGGUCACUAAGAUCGUGUGGAGUUCAGUCAAGCCUCUCUUCAUGGGGAAGAUCCUCUACGCUCCAGACUCCCCAGCCAUCAGACUGAUACUAAAGAGUGCCAACACUACGUUUGAGGAGCUGGAGCGUUUGAUGACCAUGGGAAAGGCCUGGGAGGAGGUGGGACCUCAACUCUGGAGGUUCUUCAACGCUGGAAUCCAGAUAAACAUGAUCAGGGACACCGUCAGAAACCCCACGGUAGCAGAUCUAAUAGACAGGAGUUUGGAGGACACUGAGUUCUCCUCUAAAGACAUCCUCAACUUCCUGUACAACGGGCUUGAGGAGGACAGAGAGGAGAACAUGCCCAGCUUCGACUGGAGGAACGUCUUCAACCUCACAGACCAGGCCGUACGCAUGUUCAACCAGUACGGAGAGUGUAUCAGUUUGGAUAAAUUCAUGCCCCAUACAGACGAGGAUCAGCUGACCCACCAGGCUCUCUUUCUAUUGGAGGAGAAUAAGUUCUGGGCAGGGCUAGUCUUCCUGGAUGUCUACCCCUGGACCACUACCGUGCCGCGUCACGUCAAGUACAAGAUACGCAUGGACAUCGACCAAGUAGAGAGAACCAACAAGAUCAAAGACAGGUAUUGGGACCCUGGUCCCAGAGCAGACCCUAUGGAGGAUCUGAGGUAUAUCUGGGGUGGCUUUGCCUAUCUACAGGACAUGGUAGAGCAUGGCAUACUGAAGAUACAGACAGGACACGACUGGCCUCUGGGAGUCUACGUACAACAGAUGCCAUACCCCUGCUAUGUAGACGACCUCUUCAUGUUGACUCUGAACCGAUGCUUCCCUAUCUUCAUGGUGUUAGCGUGGAUCUACUCUGUGUCUAUGACGGUGAAGAGCAUCGUUCUGGAGAAGGAACUACGCCUCAAAGAGACACUCAAGGCCAUGGGAGUGACCAACGGAGUGAUCUGGUACACCUGGUUUAUAGACAGCUUCAUCAUGAUGACCGCCAGCACCGCCCUGCUCACACUGAUUAUUAUGGCUGGUAAAGUGUUGAACUACUCCAACCCGUUGGUCGUGUUCCUGUUCCUCCUGACGUUCACCAUGGCCACCAUUAUGCAGUGUUUCCUUCUCAGUGUGUUCUUCAACAAGGCCAACCUGGCUGCAGCCUGCAGCGGUAUCAUCUACUUCACCCUCUACCUCCCGCACAUCCUCUGUGUGGCCUGGCAGGACCGCAUCACCAAGAACGCCAAGAUCACAGCGAGCCUGUUGUCCCCAGUAGCGUUUGGUUUUGGGACGGAGUACCUGUCUCGUUAUGAGGAGCAGGGCCUGGGUUUGCAGUGGGACAACAUCGGCACCAGUCCACUAGAGGGCGACGCCUACUCCUUCUUCACCUCCAUAGGCAUGAUGAUGUUUGACGCCGUGCUCUAUGGCUUCCUGGCAUGGUACCUUGACAACGUCUUCCCAGGUCAGUAUGGGAUUGGACGACCAUUCUACUUCCCAUUCCAGCCCUCCUAUUGGCAAAGGUCUGAACCCGCCCUCUCCAACAUUCCAGACUCAGAUCCAGAGAAGCCCGAGGUGGACAAGGACGUAGACAGUAUGUGUUCACCUAGGAGGUGUAACGGUGUGGGGGUAAGGAAACCCUGCAAACACCAGGACAAGAGAGAGAGGAUGGAGAGAGAGAGGGAGGAGGUGCUGAAACGACAGGAAGAAGAACAGAACAACGAGGAGCAGGAAGAGGAUCUGACAGGUCAGUUGUUCUUUGAGCCGGAGCCAGCAGGGCUGACCGUGGGGGUAGAGAUUCAGGACUUGGUCAAGGUGUUUCCUGGGGGAUCCCGUCCGGCCGUGGACCACCUCAGCAUCGCCUUCUACGAGGGCCAGAUCACAUCAUUCCUAGGACACAACGGAGCUGGGAAAACCACCACCAUGUCGAUCCUGACUGGUCUGUUCCCUCCUACAUCUGGAACAGCCUUUAUACACGGGAGAGACAUCAGGACUGACAUGGACAGUAUCCGCACAUCCAUGGGCAUGUGUCCCCAGUACAAUAUCCUCUUCAAACAUCUGACGGUGGAGGAACACAUCCUGUUCUACUCUAUGCUGAAGGGCACCUCUCAGGCCGAGGCUCAACAGGCGGUCCAGGUCAUGCUGGAGGAUCUGGGCCUGCCUCAUAAGAGAGACGAGGAGGCACAGAACCUCUCAGGGGGUAUGCAGAGGAAGCUGUCUGUUGCCAUGGCAUUUGUUGGGGGGUCAAAGAUUGUGAUCCUGGAUGAGCCCACGUCGGGGGUCGACCCUUACUCCAGACGAUCCAUCUGGGACCUGCUACUCAAAUACCGCACAGGCCGUACAGUGAUCCUGUCCACUCACCACAUGGACGAGGCUGACCUGUUGAGUGACCGUGUAGCCAUCAUCUCUAAGGGCCAGCUCCAUUGCUGUGGCUCCCCCCUGUUCCUCAAGAACUGCUUCGGAGUGGGAUUCUACCUCACCCUGGUCCGGCGUAUGAAGGACGUGAGGAAAAAAGAGAAUGAGUGUGACUGUGCCUCAGAGUGUUCCUGUACCUGUUCCACCUGCACCAAGGUGAAAGAGGAAUCCCAGGGUCAGCAGCUGGAGAGAGCUCUGGAUGGUGACGUGGACAACAUCACCACGCUGAUCCAUCACCACGUCCCAGAAGCCAAGCUGAUCGAGGCCAUCGGCCAGGAGCUGACCUUCCUGCUGCCCAACAAGGGUUUCAAACACCGGGCCUAUGCCUCCCUCUUCAGAGAACUGGAGGAAACAUUGGGAGACAUGGGCCUCAGCAGCUUCGGCAUCUCUGACACCUCACUGGAGGAGAUCUUUCUGAAGGUGACAGCAGAUGGGGAAGCAGCAGCCAAUACCAAAACUCCAGAACAGUGGAUGUUGCUCAAGAGAACCAAAAGCUGCAGUAAAGUUGGUGUGGACGAGGGUGAACCUGAAGAGGCUAACGGUCUGAAGCAGGCCAACGGUGGGGGUAACCAUGACGACGACAACAGCGCUGGGAAAGGGUCGAGUCAGGUCAAAGGAGCCAAUCUGGUCAUGAAGCAGUUUCUGGCCCUGCUGGUCAAGAGGUUUCAUCAUGCUACCAGAUCAUACAAAGACUUCCUCGCACAGAUCGUCCUGCCUGCUAGCUUCGUCCUGAUAGCCCUGAUCUUCACCAUGAUUGUGCCUCCGUUUGGAGAGUACCCCGCCCUCACCCUCACUCCCUGGAUGUACGGAAAGCAGUUCACUUUCUUCAGUAACGAGCGACUGGAGAACUACCAGAUGAGACAUUUCACCAAGGUGUUGUUGAAUCCCCCUGGCCUAGGGACUCGCUGUAUGGCAGGAACCCCUCUACAAAACCUGCCCUGUGAGAAUGAGACAUUGGGCUGGGAGACACCUGCGGUUUCUUCAAUAGCCAAUAACAUCCUGCAGAGCCCUGAGUGGCACCCGCUAAACCCCUCCCCUUCCUGCCAGUGCAGCACCAAUAAGAAGCUGACUAUGUUACCCAUCUGUCCAAUCGGAGCUGGGGGGCUGCCCCCUAUGCAGAGGAAAGAGGCUACGGGAGAUAUACUACUGGACCUGACUGAUAGAAACAUUACAGACUACCUGGUUAAAACCUACCCCAGCCUCAUCAGACAAAGUUUGAAGAGCAAAUACUGGGUGAAUGAACAAAGGUAUGGAGGCCUGUCUGUUGGAGGUCAGCUGCCCAUACUGGAAGUCAGCCCUAAACAGAUCCAGGAUACCCUCUCUCAACUGAUGAAGAUGCUCAACGUUACUGGGGGUCCUUACACAAAGCUGUCGCUGCAGGAGAUUGGACCUUUCCUCAGAUACAUGGAAAGUGAAUACAAUGUCAAAGUCUGGUACAACAACAAAGGCUGGCACGCCAUGGUGGCCUUCAUGAAUGUGGCCAACAACGCCAUUCUGAGGGCCCACCUGCCUCGUAACGUCGACCCCAUGCAGUACGGCAUCACAGCCAUCAACCACCCCCUCAACCUCACCAAGGAACAGCUGUCUGAAGUCACUGUGUUGAAGACAUCAGUAGACGCAGUGACAGCUAUCUGUGUGAUCUUUGCCAUGUCCUUCAUCCCAGCCUCGUUUGUCCUCUACCUGAUCCAGGAGAGAGUAACCAAGGCUAAACACCUCCAGUUCGUCAGCGGGGUCAGCCCCCUUGUCUACUGGUUAGCCAACUUCUUCUGGGAUAUGAUGAACUACUCUCUCAGUACAGCCAUGGUGGUGGGGAUCUUUGUGGUCUUCGACAAGAAGUGUUACACCUCACCCACCAACCUGCCAGCCCUCGUUCUCCUGCUCUUCUUGUAUGGGUGGUCAGUAACCCCCAUGAUGUACCCCAUGUCAUACAUCUUUAACAUCCCCAGUACAGCCUACGUCUCUCUGUCCUGCAUCAACCUGUUCAUCGGCAUCAACAGCAGCGCCCUCACCUUCAUAUUGGAACUGUUCGAGAACAACCGGGCCUUGUUAGAGUUCAAUGAGUGGCUGAAGAAAGGCCUCCUGGUGUUCCCUCACUUCUGUCUGGGACGGGGACUGAUUGACAUGGCUAUGAACCAGGCGGUGACUGAUGUCUAUGCACACUUUGGUGAGGACCGUGCCAUGGAUCCGUUCAAAUGGGACUUUGUAGGGAAGAACCUGGUUUUCAUGGCUAUAGAAGGAUGUGUCUAUUUCCUCUUCACUAUCCUCAUAGAGUACCGCUUCUUCCUCGACCACUGGUUAUCAGACUUCCGAGGGCCCCCGCCUAAAGACGAGGAUGAGGACGUGGCGGUGGAGAGAGAGAGGAUCUAUAACGGCGGGAACAAGAGUGACAUCCUACAGAUCAGAGACCUCUGCAAGACGUACUCUGGGAAGACGAGACAAGCGGUGGACAGGAUCUGUGUGGGCGUGCCUGCAGGAGAGUGUUUUGGUCUGUUAGGAGUGAACGGAGCUGGGAAAACCACCACUUUCAAGAUGUUGACUGGAGACACAGACGUUAGUUCUGGAGAGGCCACUGUCGCUGGAUACAGUAUCCUGUCAGACAUGCUGGACGUGCACCAGAACAUGGGCUACUGCCCUCAGUUUGACGCUAUAGACGACCUGCUGACAGGCAGGGAACAUCUGUACCUCUACGCUCGCCUCCGAGGGGUCCCUGAGUCAGACAUCAGUAGAGUGGCAGAUUGGGGCAUCCAGAAGCUCGGCCUAUCAGAGUACGCUGGUCGCUGUGCAGGGACAUACAGCGGAGGCAACAAGAGGAAACUCUCCACAGCCAUCGCUAUGAUUGGUUGCCCAGCCCUGGUUCUACUGGAUGAACCCACUACAGGUAUGGACCCCCACUCCCGACGGUUCCUGUGGACUGCUAUUAUGAGCGUCAUCCAGGACGGGAGGGCCGUGGUUUUGACAUCACACAGCAUGGAGGAGUGUGAAGCUCUGUGCACUCGUUUGGCCAUCAUGGUCAACGGCACCUUCAAAUGUCUGGGGACCAUACAGCACCUCAAAUACAAGUUUGGUGACGGCUACGUGGUGACCAUGAAGGUAAAGGCAGCUAAAGCAGGUGUAUCUCCAGAGCUGGGUCCAGCGGAGAGCUUCAUGGAGAGCAGCUUCCCGGGGUGUGUCCAGAGAGAGAAACACUACAACACUCUGCAGUAUGAGAUCGCCUCCUCCUCACUGGCUAGGAUCUUCCAGCUGGUGGUCGCCAACAAGGACAAACUCAAUAUAGAGGAUUACUCUGUAUCACAGACCACACUAGAUCAGGUGUUUGUGAACUUUGCUAAGCAACAGGCAGGAGAGGAUGAGGACGUUUUACAACCCCGAGCGGUCAACGCGCGCAACGAAAAACAAAAUGUCCCCACGAAACGCAAGGUCUCCCCCAUCAAGAUAAAAACCAGAAGACAAAAUAAAACUUGAAAGUUUAAUCUGUGAAAAUAUGACUUCCUAAGGAAUGUAUUGUCAAACGUUUUAAUGCGUAAAACCGACCAAAUGUAUUGUAAUAGCUAGACAUGCACAGGCACACUGGCAGUAUUAUGAAAAACGUUUUGAAAUUAAUUAUGGUUAGAUUCAUUAAUUAUGUUUGGAAUAUGUUCCUUAGACUUUGGAAGUCAUAUUUUCGCAUGUUGAUUGUGCAUUGUGUAAAAUGGCUGCCAAAAGACAAGACGAGGUCACGUUUGCAGGACACAGACGUCAGUUGACAGCAGAUAGCUCCUCAAACACACCAAGGGUGUAUCUCAAUAGUCUGGAGUGGCUUCCUCUCCUCAUCCCCUUUUUCUCCCUUGGUUUAUAAGGGGGCUGCUUCCUCUUCAAUUAAACACACCUACACAGAGAAAAGACCCCUAUUUAUUAUUAUUACUACGCAGUAUCAAUACGGGACCACAAGAUGGCGCUGCAUUUACACUGACAUUUAUAUACCAAAACUAAUAAUAAUGCUUAGAUAAUUUAUAUAGCCUUUCAAAAUAAUGUAGAAAAAAAAUCUUGCCUGGCUUAUAUUUGUGUUUUGCCAUUUUCAUCACUUUAGGACGUAUUCUAACAGACACGUUAGUCAUUGAGCAGACGCUCUUAUCCAGAGAGCUAGGUGAGACAACCACAUUUCACAAUAAGUCAUUUCUUUCCCCCUCAAAGUAGCUAUCGGCGCUGGUAGGGAGGGAGGUGGUGUGGGAUUAUUUAAGAUACACUUUGAAGAGGUAGUGUUUCAGAUGUCAUAUCCUAAGCACAGCUUUAUAUGCUCACCUAAUAUAUAGUGCAGGGGAACAAUGUUAUUUUACCUUUAUUUAACAAGGCAAAUCAGUUAAGAACAAAUUCUUAUUUACAAUGACGGUCUAGGAACAGUGGGGUUAACUGCCUUGUUCAGGGGCAGAACGACAGAUUUGUACCUUGUCAGUUCAGUGACUGGCCCAACACUCUAACCACAGAGGGCGAUGUGGGUGCAGGCUUUCGUUCUAGCCAAGCAGUCUCGAUUGAAGACGAUGACUCUUCGUUGAAUCAGGUGAGUUUCUGCUUGGCUGGAAUUAAGGCUUGCACGUAUACAUAUUUGUGGAUAUGAUACAGGCUAUCACACCUGUUGUAGUGGACUCAAACACAACAAACAAACAAACCGCCCCACAAAAUAUGUUUUUAUUUUUAUUGUUACCAUUUUUGUUUUGUUUUUUUGAAACUUCAUGUCAUUUUCAGUUUGUCAUUUGAAAUGUCAUGAUAACUGUGAAGUUUAACACAAAUGCUGUUUCUAAUCAAGAAUACCGUACAAAUGGACAGCGCUUCCAUUUCCUACCAUCAGGGAUGGGCAACUUUGAUGGGGUUGGGGGCCACAAAAAAAGUGUGAACUCAUUAUGAGGGGCCAUAGUGGCUCGCGGGUCUGUGUACCCACAUUUUAUACCACCAAAACUAAUAAUUAUUAUUUAGCCGUUCAAAUAAUGUAGAAAUAUCUUGCUUGGUUUAUAUAUUCUAUCAAUUUUGCCAUUGGAUGUAGAGAAAAUGUUGCCGUUUUAAAGCAAGUUUGUUGCAAUUCUACAAAUGUUGGCCAUUGGGACAGAGAGCAGAUUUGGCAGUUUUCUAACAAAUUUUCUGCAUUUCUACUCAUCACAGCCAUGGGGCGGAGGACAAAAUGAGAUGUUUUACAGCUAAUUUCCUGUAAUUCUACACAUUUUUCUAUAGGGGUGGAGAGAAAUGUAAGACUGACCAACAAAAUCAAACGGCCCCCCCCCCCCCCCGGCCGGUAAUUCCACCAUGAUUACUAAGUUUAGAUAGCUGGCCGCUAGACUAAUUUACUAAUCAAAUUUGUUUUGGCUGACAUGGCUAAUUGAGUGACUAUCAGUGACCGAUAAAGAGACAUGAGAUAAUUGAGUGACCGAUAAAACAAGAGAAAAACUGUUAGCUGACAUGAGAUAAUUGAGUGACCGAUAAAACAAGAGAAAAACUGUUAGCUGACAUGAGAUAAUUGAGUGACCGAUAAAACAAGAGAAAAACUGUUAGCUGACAUGAGAUAAUUGAGUGACCGAUAAAACAAGAGAAAAACUGUUAGCUGACAUGAGAUAAUUGAGUGACCGAUAAAACAAGAGAAAAACUGUUAGCUGACAUGAGAUAAUUGAGUGACCGAUAA